UCAUGCAGCGGUUGUAAACAAUAAUCAAGAUGGCGGACGUAACUCGCAUACCGCGUCGAAAGAAAGGGGCAAAAUUCCACCCCAAGGAAGCUCCAUUUCCGAUUCCUAUUCAAAGUAUUACAGGAAAGCAAUCAUGCAAAGACAGGUGGUACUACUACACUGGUUAUUUCAGAGACAACUGCGUAGUGGUAGAAGAUUUAGGCGACCUUACUUUUCUGUACAAGAUGGGUUUCUUUGGGAAAGGAACUCUCUCAAGAAGUAAACCUGAAUAUGAGUUAAUUUCAAACAUCUCCCAAAAGGCCUUUUCAAAGUCUGAAAAACUCCGAAGAUUACCACCUAGAGAGAGAGAAAUCAGACAAUCAAAGUUUCGAGUUAUAAGAAAGGAACGUUUUAAAAAUCAUCAACAAUGGUGGCAACAAGUCAGAGAAAGCAGAGCUGAGAAUGAAAAGGACAAUGUUGUAGAAAGUGAAAAAUGCAAUGAACAGAUCAGUGGAAAAUCCGUUGAAGAUCCCGUUGUCGACGAAGAAAGACAUACAUCUCACUCUGCUAAAAGAAGAAAAAAGGACAUUGCUGGCAAUGAUGGAGAUCAAUAUGUGAAUCAGUCAGAAUUAAAUAAUGACAAUAAAUGUGCCAAAGAGAUUAGGACACCUUCUAGUGACGAGGAGGAAAUAAAGAAUGCAAGCAAUUCAGAAGAUGAUACUGAGGCAGGCAUUACCAAUAGAGAGGUUGAAGAAGUGAUGCAAGAGGUUGCAAGAAAACACUGCGGAUCCUCUAACACAUGCUGCGAGCAAGAUGAUUCUGAUGUGGGAAACAUGGAAAGUAAGCAAACAAAACAAAAAGCAAGGUUUGCAAAGCAAGAUGAUCCUUAUAAGGUGUAUGAGCAGUUACAUAUGAGUCUUGAAGAGGCUUUUUUUCUGUCUUAUGGACUUGGAUGUCUUUCUGUGCUAAGUGACUGUCAGAAACCCAUGUCUUUGAGUGAAAUGUGGUGCACAUUUUGUGAAGCUAAACAAGAUUUCAUCCCAAAUUACAUAGCAUAUCAUUACUUCAGAUCUAAAGGCUGGGUCCCCAAACUGGGAAUUAAAUAUGGAACAGACCUGGUUCUUUACAAGGAGGGUAUGCCUUUUUAUCACUCAAGUUAUUCAGUAAUUGUUCAAUUGGUUGAAUGUCAACAUCUGGAAACAGAGAAACAAGACAACACCACGCCAUGUCGACAGCUUAGCUGGUCUCAGCUGUGUGGAGUUAGUCGUGUUAAUGAACACGCAGCUAAGGAAGUGAUGAUAUGUUACGUCAUUAAGCCGCUAGAUAUGACAAAAGAAGAAAUGUCCUCCCCAAAAUGUAUUUCAAGAUUUAAAUUACAGGAAGUUGUGCUAAGGAGAUGGAUUCCUGAGAGAGCGAGAGAACCAGACGAGGAAAAAACGUAGAAAAUAAACUGGAUCAAUGAA